AUGUUCAGUAUGAAGUGGUGGGGCGGUGGCAAUAGCAAGAAGGAGAACACAACAUCGGCAAUUGUAACGAUGCGUGCUCAUUUGGAGUCACUGCAGAAGCGCGAAGUGUGGCUCGAAGGCAAACGAGAUGAGCAGGAUGCGGUUGCUCGGAAGAUGGUGACGUCCAACAAAGCGGCUGCGCGCGCUGCUCUCCGCCGCAAGAAGCAGUACGAAACAGAAAUAGAAAAGCUGCAGGGCCAAAUGGUCUCGCUGGAGCAGCAGCUUGCCGCUGUGGAGGGCGCCAAUCUUAACUACGAGACCAUGAAGGUUAUGCAGCAGGGUGCGGCCGCCCUCAAAGGCAUUCACAACGGCAUGGACAUGGACAAACUCGACACAACUAUGGAUGACAUCAGAGACCAGGUGGCGCUCAAUGAGGAGAUUUCGGACGCCAUCUCGCGACCUCUUCAGGAGACUGACGACGCAGAACUCGAGGAGGAGCUCGAACUGCUCGAACAGGAGACUGUGGACGCCCAUAUGGUUGCGGCAGGGCGGGUCCCGGCUGCUCCCAGUGCCCCCUUGUCUGCACCGGAGACCUCUGUCGACGAGGUCGAAGACGAAGACGAGGAAGAAGUUCUUCGCCAGCUCCAGGCGGAAAUGGCAAUGUAA